ACAUCCUACCCCCCGACAAUCUUCACUCCCAUCCACUUGACCUUCGUUCUAUCGGGAAACAACGGCCUCGCUCCCGCUGAUAUGGUCGCUGAAUAACCACGGGCAAAACUCGGAGGCUAACUCCUGGGCAGCUAAAAGACGGAUUGUGAGCAGGCGCCGGGGGUAAGGGAGGACCCUGUCGAGGGGGGUGUGUUGUUUUGUGUUAAACCGGGGCCGGGACUGGAGCCGGAGCCGGGACUGGAGCCGGGACUGGAGCCGGGGUUGGAGCCGGGACUGGAGCCGGGGUUGGAGCCGGGACUGGAGCCGGGGUUGUGUCUCUGGGGGCGGCGUCUGGCGGAUGCUCAGAACUUUCAAAGUGACUUUAUUGUUGAAGGUGCAGACCAUAACCCACUUAUGACUACCGGCAGAGUUGAUGAUGUCAAAAUCUUCUCUCAGCAGAAAGGUUGUUUCUGCUAAGGUGACGGAGUGGGUGAAUCCAUCUUUUGAUUGUAUCAGCAAAUCUACUUUACCAAUAGUUUUAGACAGUGAACUGUCUGGUUAUUCAAAGUCAAGUGGUGAGAACCAGAAAAUACUUUGUACAAAACGAGAAAAGACUUUUCAGCCCAAGAACUUGAACAGCACAAGGAGUCAUAAAAGAAUUCGGGGAGCUUAUACAGACCAGAUUUUGGGUCGCCAUCGGCAAAACUCGCCUUCAAAUCAUAGUGAUUCCUGGGUGGAUGAAUAUAGACCUCAGUCACAGAGUGAACUUGCAGUUCACAAAAAGAAAAUUGAAGAGGUUGAUAAUUGGCUUAAGGCCCAUACAACAAGGAGAUGUCAUCAGCAAGAUGGCUCCAUCCUGCUGCUAACGGGUGCUGCAGGCACCGGCAAGACUGCUACAAUACAGGUUCUUGUAAAGGAACUGGGAAUUCAACUACACGAAUGGGUAAAUCCAUUAUCACAGAAUAAAUUUAAAAAUCGUGAUGAAUUUGACGACUCCUAUAAUACUGACUCAAGCUUUCAGGCGUAUGUGAGCAAGCCGCAGUCUGUUCUAUUUCAAGAAUUUUUACUGCGAGCCAACAAGUAUAAAAAACUCCAGAUGGUGGGAGAUACUAUGGAGACAGACAAGAAACUGAUUCUUGUAGAAGAUAUCCCUAAUCAGUUUUAUAGAGAACCCUCCUGUUUGCAUGACAUUUUACGGAAUUUUAUUCAGACAGCAAGAUGUCCAUUGGUGUUCAUAAUAUCUAAUAACGUUUGUGGAGACAGCAAUCAACGCUUGCUCUUCCCAAAUGACAUCCAAAAGGAAUUGGGUAUCUUUAAUAUUAGUUUUAAUCCGGUGGCUCCCACGAGUAUGUUGAAAGUUCUAAGUAGAGUAUCUGCUCAAGAGGCUAGCAAGAAUGCUGGCAAGUCUAUUGUUCCUGACAAGAGUGUAUUGGAGAUGCUCUGUACGGGCAGCGCAGGAGACAUCAGAAGUGCAAUAAACAGUCUUCAAUUUACUUCAGUGAAAGGCAGCACGUCGGAUGAGAUUCAUUUGUUAAACAGUAAAGGAAAGUCUUCAAUAAGAACAGGCACAUCUUCGAGAGGAAAAUGUAAAGGAAAUUCUUCAAAGACACAUGAAAAGGGAAGUGGGCUACCUGCCAUUGGCGGCAAAGACCAAUCUCUCUUUCUGUUUCGAGCUCUGGGUAGAAUUAUGUAUUGCAAAAGAGAGCCGCCCAAUGACUUGCAGUUGAAUCCAUUACCGAUCCAUUUAGCUGAGCAUGAGAGGGAUCCACUUCUAGUCAAUCCUGAGGAGGUGAUUGAAAAUUCACACAUGUCUGUGGAGAUGUUCAAUCUAUAUCUUCACCAAAAUUAUCUUGAUUUCUUUGGUGACAUAGACGACAUUGUGCGAGCUAGUGAUUACCUAAGUGAUGCAGACUUCUUAACAGUAGAUUGGAAUCAUCGUUCGACUAUGUGGAAAUAUAGUGGAUCUGUGGCUACACGAGGGCUGAUUCAUGCUAACACAGCUCGAGCUCGGGCUAAUUGUAAAGGAGGAGCUGGUUUCAAGCCUUUACACAAACCACAGUGGCUGUCAAUAAGUAAAAAGUAUAGGGAAAAUUGUCUCGCAGCCAGAGGUUUUUUUUCAAAUUUUUGUUUAGGCCCACUAUGCCUUCAGACUGAGUUAUUGCCAUACCUUGCUCUGCUGACAAACCCCAUGAGAAAUCAAGCACAAAUCAAUUUUAUCCAAGAUGUGGGAAGGUUUCCUUUCAAGCGGUGCACUACCAGGCUAACAUUGGAAGCUUUAACUGAUAGGGAACCUGGUGUUAUUGAACAUGACAUUGAGGAAGAAGACUGUUCCCGGCCUCGGCUAUUAACGACAUCUGAUGAGUCGGUAACAGGGACUCGGACAUCAUCUUCGGCCAGUACAGUCGGCCAGUCUGCUGGAGGAGACUUGCCAAGCAGCCAACCUCAACCUACUAUAACACAAGUCUUUCUAGAAGAAGAGGAAUUCAUAAUUGAGGAAUAUGAUAGUGACUAAUGCGGAAAUGCUUUUCUGUUCUAACUUACGGGUAGAUUGAUAUUUAUUUUUGAUUAUUGAAAUGCUGUUAAAUAAUGGAUCUAAUGCAUUUUUUUGCAAAUUUAGGUUUAGCUGGAACCAGAGCAGCUAAAAGGAGUAUUUGAAAUUAUUUAAGCAUAAAAUAAUGUUUACACGAAACAUCUAAAACUCUGGAACCAUCAAAAGUGAUUUAAUUUCCCCUUAGCUCACUAACUUUAACUGAAACUUUACAGUCUCUUGGUAGAUCUAUUAGAACAAGUUAACUUCACUGAUUGUACCAAAGGAAUCGAUCUGUUGUACAUUUAUGCCAUAAUUCUUUUUGUCAAUGUCAUGAGUAUUUUUUGUUGCUUUUAUUGAGCUUGUUUAUAUAAAAAGUGCCCUGGGUUGAAAAUGUAAUCAUUUUUUUCCGAGAGUUUAGAGACGAAAAUGAAGUUAUUGGAGCAAAUUAUAAAUUUAUAUUUAUAUUUAUAUUUGACAUUGCCUUUGGUUAAAAAAAUGAGUCAUAAAGUCCUUGUACAGCAAUCUGAGCCUAAUAAAUGAAUUAUUCAUGUGA